AACCCUAAUAGAAAGCUUCAAUAACAAGUUACAGUUAUUUUAAAUCAAGAGGAAAAAAACUAAUCGAAGGGGUACGACUAAAGAACAAAGGAGAUGGAUUAAGCUAAAGUUUGUAGAAUUGAUAUGCGAAUUAGAAUUGGGACGAGAACAGAGACAGUCAUUGUAAAAAAAAAAAUUACCAAUGGAUUUGUAUAGUAAGAAGAAUAUGUAGUUAUUGAGUAUUGGCGAUUUAGGUUCUUGACGAGGCUUCCAUUGACUUAAGAAACACGUAACCGAGAAAGUUAAUAUGGGCCAAGCCCAAAUCUGGUCCAAUUGAUACGUUAUAAAAACAAAAUUCUACGUAAAUUUGCUCUACAAAACUUUAUCUCGCUCUUUCUUCAGUGUCUUCUUCAUCCGUCUCUCUCUAUUGAUAAAGUUAUGAAGUUUCUCGUCGAGAUUCUGAAUGGAUCAUCGUUUGAGAUUGAAGUGGAUUACAGAGAUACACUGUUAGAGGUCAAACAAAAGAUCGAGAGGUCUCAACGUAUUCCUGUUUCCAAACAAACCCUUAUCGUCGACGACAUUGUUAUUCUUCGAGAAGAUCUUAACGUCAAACAAUGCCAGAUUGUCCACAAUUCUCAUAUCCAACUCGACGUCUCUGCUGAUGAUGAUAACCCUAAUCGCAACGAUGACGAUCAAAUGCCGCAAACCGAGCAAUCUCAAGCACCAUUGGUUUCAGCGGAAGAGUACUUUGAGGGACAAGAGUGGCCUUUGACAGAGGAAGAGAUCAGAAAGAUUUAUAGUUAUCAGCCUGAGACAACACAAGGGAUCAGUAAGGUUCAAGAUUCGCAGGCGAUUGUAAGAAGCGACAAGAACGUCUCGACGAGCAUGAAGGUUGAGAGCAACAACAACAAUGAUCAAGUGCAAUAUCCACCGUCGUUGCUCAAUAUUCGCUUUGGAAACCUGCGAAGAUGAGGGAGUGACGAGAUCUUUGGAAAUCUUUCAUUAUUAUCUUCAAUGUGUGAAAUUUUUAUUUUUUUCUUUAUCUUCAGUGUGUUUAGUAUCCUUUUUUUUUUUAAGUUAGUUUAGAUAAUUAUAGAUUCUUCAGAUUUUAUCAAAGGUUUUGGUUUUAUUUUUUUAAUAAAUAGCUCAUUAUUUCUCGUUA